CAACGAAACAACUAUGUUUUGUUAAUAUAGACACGUAGUACAUGUUUAACUUCCGAAAAUAAUUAUUAAGUGAAAUAACGUCAUUGCAUAAAACUAUCGGACUUGUACCAUGGCGAUACUCAAGAUGUUUGUUCUUGUCUUUACCAUGAUGACGUCAUUUCCGAUCGUUAUUGGUCAGCAGGUGCCCGGAUCAAGGGUCAUCGUCACAAAAGAAAUUAUAGACAAGAUUAACGACUGGGAGAUUGCAAGACUACGUGAGGACCUGUUGAAGGCCAAUAUAAAUGAAAUCCGCGAUGACAAAGGUCACACCACGUGGAAAAUUUUCAGAAUCCGACUAAACAGCGUGGGUUCUCUGACUGCACACGUUACCCUGGGGACGGGCAGUUUCACGUGGAGAGCAUCUCUGUCCAAUAUAAAACUAUCUGCUGACUGGCUAUACAGACAUGAUGACGGAUGGUUACUAUCGUUUGGGGACGACGGAUCGCUGGGUGCGAGUGUAGGCAUGGCGAGUAUCAGCAUCAACGUCAGGCCAAAGGUAUCAAACGGCCUACAGGUGGAACUGGAUGACUGCUCCGCCCAUAUUUCCUCUUUGGACGUGCGUGUUCACGGUUCCCUGCUAUCGUGGAUAUACGACAUAAUCAUUCCCGAGUUCGAAGAAGAAAUACAGCGAUUAUUGGAGAAAGAGCUGUGUAAAGCUGCGAAGACUUCAAUGUCCAAGGUCAAGGAGAAACUGACUAAUCUUAAAACGACAGGGCGCGUACACGUAUUCCACACUGAUUUUCUGGUUGAUUAUAACAUAUUGAAGGUUGAAGUGACGCCACAACAUAUAGCGACAUACCACGGGCUAUCUGUCAGUCAGGGUUCAAGGUCGCUCUACGUCACAGAGGAAGUGUUCUCAAAAGCGAGGCUGACUUCCGGUGUUUGUGUGGAAUUGAACGGUUACGUGUUCAAUAACAUCCUGAAAUUGGCUACUGAACUUUACAUCCUAAAGUUCGUAUUUGAUUACAAACAGGUGAUAGCCAACAAGAAUAAGAAGAACGCUUAUUUGUCUUGUGAUGAAAGCCUGUCAUCAAUAUGCAUAGGAACGUUCCUACCAGAGGCGAAAUCCCGUUGGCCAAAGCGCGUGGCAGGACUGCGCCUGUUAGCCACUUCCGCUAAGCUGGAAUUCGCUUCCGGUUCUGUGUCACUGCGACUCGCCGGCCGACUCAGUUUUACUGCGGAGGAUGCCACACAUGUGGACACGAUGUUUUCAGCUGCUGUGAACGUGACAGUCCCAAUUCAGGUAAAGUUUGAAGACGGCAAUUUAUCCCCGAGAAUUGCCAACAUCAGCGGGGACGUUACUAUUGACCAAUCCCAUAUCGGCAAAGUGAUGACACCCGUGCUAAAGCACUUCUAUGACGUUUCCCCACAAAUAAUUAUUCAGGCAUUGGUCAAAUACCUUAACGACUACACUGUGUCGUUUCCCAUCGAACUUCCCCGAGACGUUCAGUUCAAGACCAGUUAUGUGAUAUUGUAUAGUACUGGAAUUGGAAUAGAAGCAGACCUCUGUGAAAAAGGCACUUCCGGUUGCUCUUACACAGCUCGUAGUUCCUGGGUCGGGGACCAUCUUGAUGGCAAACUUACCAUUACCGACACCAUCGAAUAACAUAACAUGCUCUUGGCAGCAAUUAUACGGCGUUUCGGUGAAAACAACCUUGUAUAUAUUUGAAUACAAUUCGGAAUACCAGUGUAGUAAAAAUAUUGAACAAAACCUAUCAAGCAUUUUAACUGCUUGACUUUCGUAAAGUUAUCUAAAUUUAGUAAUAAAAGAUAGAAAAAAAACAAUUGUAUCAUAUCGAUCUGAACUAUGGUGUAAUUUAGCUAAAACCAACAUGUUACUGAUUGAAAAAUUCCAACAUUUCAUUGUAAAGAAAAUACAGGGAUUUUAUGUUCGUACAAGGUCAGAUAUGUGUGAACUAAUGGUUGGGUUGCACAAACUUAAUGUACAUAUUUAUUCGACGAUACUUGUUAUUUCUAUCAUGUAAUACAAACGUGCGAUACGGAUUCGUUCAUGAAAUUUGUAACAUUCUUUGCCAACUUGGUCCCCAUUCUUGUAUUAAUAAUGUUCUCAUCAAUCCUUCUUCUUUACUGAGCAAGUUGCUGUGGAAAAUGACAGACAGCUAGUGUUCUCGGUUGAAGCUCACAUUUGGAAACAUAGGGUAAUGACGCACUCCGACUUCUCCUACUUCAGUGUGUAACAGCCAACCAUCACUCAAUCUGUUGUUUCAAAUUGUGCAAAAGGGCUGAUAAGAGAAACAUGCAUGUGAUUACUUAAUUAUGUUGCCGCGGUAAUCAAUCGACAGCCGUAUUUCGGUCAAAGCUGGUGUGUUAUAUUUUGUAUUGUGGUAUUGACUUUGUAUCUGGGUUAUUAAACUUGAGCCAAACUAUAUAAAAUUUACGUUGAGGCUCGUGGGCGCUCCAACACAUCCAUAAUUUGAAUAUAAUGUGAACAUGACAUUCUUACUGAUAUCAUAUCAGUACAUCUCCAAAUGCGUUCCUUGUGUUUAACUUGAAUGGGACACUCAUGUGACUCAUAUGAUGUUCAUUUAAUUAUCAUUUGUUAUUACAUAGGAUAGUGUAUCAGCCUAUUUUGAGACACGUGCAUACAGUCGUACCCCGAUGGCUCGAACUCAUAGGGACCGUCGAAAAAACAUCGAGCCUCGAAAACUUCGAGCCAAGCGGGAUUGUCUACGUUCAGUUUAAAUAAAUCGGUCCUUAACUUCUAGUUCGAGCCAACGAGUCAAUCGAGUUCGAACCAACGGGGUUCGGCUGUACAUUGUAUUUCUCAUGCUUCACUAGAAUUUUGAAUCUCAAAUCGUAUUUGUAUAUAAAAUGCAUAUC